AUCUGUGCAGAGAGAGAGAGAGAAAUCAGAGUUAACGGUUGGGGUCCGGUGACCCUUCGCCGCGGAGAAGCUGCUGGCUGUUCCUGGGUCACCGCUUCGGGCAAUGGGGCUAGAAGUCAGUGAGGGCCACAAAUACCACUAGGGAUCAAUACCCGGAUCUAUUAAUAAUAGGGAACCACCAAUCUGUAUUGGGAUCUAUCAGUCAGUGAAGGGACCUAAUAAUACUGGAGAUUCCUUAAUGAAUAAAGAGAUUUAGCGAUCUAUAUUGAGAUCCAUCAAUUAAUAUAGAAAUCUAUCAAUGCUGGGUAUCCAACAACCAGCGAAAAAUCUACACUGGGAUCUAUCAGUCAAUAUACAGAUCUAUUAAUUCUAAGGAUCCACCAAUAAAUAAAAGGAUCAAUCAAUCUAUAUUGGGAUCCAUCAGUCAAUACAAGGAUCUGUUAGGGCUGUUGUUCACAGGAUGAGGGCAUACUGGCCAGGCAGCAUUUAUUGUCCAUCCCUAAUUGCCCAGAGGGCAGUUAACUGUCAACCACAUUGCUGUGGGUCUGGAGUCACAUGUAGGCCAGACCAGCCAUGACUGUGUUAAUGAAGAGGAUUCAUGAUGCCCUACUUAAAAUGAUCUUUUAUUCCUUUGGGUCCAAGAUUGUAAAGCCCAAAGCCUCCGAUGUCCUAACACAACAUUUACUUCAGAGAAAACUCCCCCAUUGGACAUCGUACUUUGUUAAAUACAGCUCUGUGGAAAAUGACCAGUUUGGACUCUCCAAUUUUAACUGGAAUGUCAAAGGGAUCAAUUACCACAUCCUCAGGACAGGCUGCUUCCCAUUCAUCAAAUACCACUGUUCCAUGGCACCCAGACGUAACUUGGAACUGGAGAAUACAUUCUUCACUGCAUUGAAAGUUAUUAACCUAGGUAUUCCCUGUUUAGCUUAUGGAAUCGGUGCAUGGUUUCUUAUCAGAGUCACUGAGAUUGUUCACACCAGUUCUGGCCCGGUGAACAUCUACUUUCUCUACCAGGAAGAUGAAGGAGCCAUUCACUAAAUCUCAAACUGCUAGCAACUUGUCUUGAAUUCAUAUUCACAAGAGGAGGAGACUUGAGAGUCCAUAUGAUAAAUGAAAAAUAAAGUAUUGACCUGUAAUAUUUUAAAAAAGCCAGUAGAUUUUUUUGUAAAAGUUUAAAAACUACUGUAUUCUUUGUUAGACUCUUUCAGUUUUGUAAGACAUAUGCAUACAGUUGCACAGCAUGACUUUCAAAUAAGAUAUCACUUCUAUGAUCCUAGAUUCUUUAGCAAGGUAAUUCUUCUUUAGGUGAACAUUUUACUGAAUAUAGGGUUGAUUUUUUUCUUCCACACUGAUAUCUGCAAACUUUUUUUCAAUGCAAAAUAAAAAAUUCCUUCAUCACAACAAUCAAUCAACCAUCCUUGUGACUGAAGUUGCUAUUUUUAUUUAAAAUAAAAACAGAAAAUAUUGGAAGUACUCAACAGGUCAGACAGUAUUUGUGGAAAGAAAAACAGUGUGAAGGUUUCAAAGAUUAUGAGCUUCGUUUCUCUCUCAACAGGUGCUGCCAUGGUGCGUCCAGCAUUUUCUGUUUUUAUUUCAGAUUUUCAUCAUUAACAAUAUUUUGAUUUUGCCAUUGGUAACACUAUGAUAAGUGUGGACAAUUUUCUUCUGGGACUGCACACAGGGAAGAUUAUUUUUGUAUAAUACUGUUCACUGUCUCUUGUUGAAAGCAACUCUGUUCUCUUAUUUUCAUUAAAUCUUACUUUGAUUUGAGAUAUUUCAAGUUUUCCCCUAUUUUUCCCUAACCUUUUAUAUCUGCCAACAGUAAAGUCAGAUCAAGAGUGGGAUAUGAGUUUCAUUCCCCUGUUUGCUAGCUUCAUUGAUUUAUUAAAAAGAAACUUGCAAUAAACUGGCAGUAUUUAUUUCCAAUUUCCUAUUGCCCUUGAAGGUGUUGAUGAACCUUCCCAAAUCAUUGCUGUCCAUGCAAUGAAAGUGCCUCCAAAAUGCUGACAGGCAGGGAAAUUUUAGGAUUUUGAGCAGUAACAAUGAAGCUUGAGCCACACUGAUUUGGAAGUCAAGCAAAGGACAGACUCCGUCUCAUUGACAGGCCAGAAAACACGAAGAGGAAGUAGCAUGCCCAAAAGCAGCAGAUGCCAUGGAAGUUUGCAGCCCAACAAUAUUAGAAAAGUUUUCAAAAAUAAGGAAGUUGAAUUGUUUUUUCAUUUGUUCAUAGGAUGUGAGCAUUACUGGCUAGGCCAGCAGUUAUUACCCAUUCCUAAUUGCCCUUGAGAAGAUGGUGAUGAGCUGGAUUCUUGAACCACUGCAGUCCAUGGGAAAUAUGUAUACCCGCUGUUAGGAAUGAAUGAAAUGGAUCAAUUUCAGUUGCAAUGCUUCCAUAAUUGAAUGUGAGGCAAGAAUAUUGUCCAGGGUCAUACUGUGACAUUCUUACAAAUAGCAAUGUGCAAGUGUAAAAUUUAGGAGACGAGGAAGGAAAAAAAAUAAAAGAUAACGUUCCUUCAAGAAAACA